AAUCAGCUGGUUCAGCUGGUUGUUCUCUCCCGUGAAUCCGCUCGCGCAUUUUCGUUGAUUUCGUGUUCCUGCGGCGUGAUCGAAGGAAGGUUGAAUUCCAUGUGAGUACAGAAACCCACGUAGAAAAAUGCCGCAGAACGAAUAUAUUGAGAGGCACCGUAAGCUCUACGGUCGCCGUCUGGACUAUGAGGAGAGAAAGAGGAAGAGAGAGGCCCGUGCGCCUCACAAACGAGCGGAGCAAGCCCGUAGUUUACGCGGCAUAAAGGCUAAGAUAUUUAAUAAAGAGCGACGCAAUGAGAAGAUCCAAAUGAAAAAGAAGAUUAAAGCUCACGAAGAGAAGAAAGUCAAGGAGAAGUCCGACAAGCUACCCGAAGGAGCGUUGCCCGUAUAUCUGCUGGAUCGUGACGUCACGAAGCGCGCGAAAGUGCUGUCGAAUAUGAUAAAGCAGAAGCGCAAGGAGAAAGCUGGCAAAUGGGACGUUCCGAUACCGAAAGUUCGCGCGCAAUCGGAGUCCGAGGUUUUCAAAGUGGUGAGAAGCGGCAAGACGAAACGGAAAUCGUGGAAACGGAUGGUGACCAAGGUGACCUUCGUCGGGGAGAACUUCACGAGGAAACCGCCGAAAUUCGAGAGAUUCAUCAGACCGAUGGCGUUGAGAUUCAAAACCGCUCACGUCACUCAUCCCGAACUCAAGGCGACCUUCUCCCUGCCGAUCAUUGGCGUCAAGAAAAAUCCAAGCUCGCCCAUGUACACAAAUUUAGGUGUUAUUACUAAGGGAACCGUUAUUGAAGUAAAUAUCUCGGAAUUGGGCCUCGUAACGCAGUCGGGCAAAGUAGUGUGGGGAAAGUUCGCUCAAGUUACGAAUAAUCCUGAGAAUGACGGAUGUAUCAAUUCCGUUUUGCUUGUAUAGACUUUUUAGCGCUUGUGUUAUAAUUCCUAAAUUGUGACGCUACUGAUAAUUUCUCAAAUUCUUGAUUGUACGUAACGGUACGUACGGCAACAUAUGCAGUAGUUUAUAUUAAAAAAUAAGGAUAAGUUAUAUUUUGUAAGUACAUGUAUACAUAUUUUUUGGACAUAUAUUAGUAAAGAUAAAGCCAGAUAAAGCAUGUUGUUUUAAUACUUAUUUAAUAUCAUCUAAUUUGUUCGCGCGUUGCUCAAAUGAUUUGAUUUAUUAAUUUUGACAAUGUAUGUACUACUAUGUUGUAUUACUGUAUCAAUGAUGCAAAAAAAUUGAGAACACACACAUACUGUCGAACAACAUCUUUGUCGUAAGUAUGACGAUAACAUAAUUUUGCAUCUACGUGAAAUAAAAACCUAUUUUAUUAAAUGAA